GCCCAUCGGCGCCGCUGGCCUUCCGGCCCCGGUGACCUGGGAGCAGGGUCGCCGCGCUUCUCACGCGAGCCCGGACUCAGUAAACCGGGAAAAGGAGGUCACCACCCGGCAGCCCCGCCCCUGCUGGUUGGCCUCGGUCCGCUAGUAGUGAGGGGAGGCACUUACAGGUCCAGUGGGUACAAAAAUGAGGGUGAGGCGUCCCCAUGCCGGGGAAAGAGGGUCCCCAUACCCUCUUUUCGGGCUGUGCUGGGACUUCUCCCCAAACCCCCGCCUCACCUGGGCUCUGCGCUGUCCAAGGGGUACCUUGGAACUGGAGACUCCAGGUGUCCCCAGCACUCACCCUUUUACGUGCCGGCACUUGGAAGAGGCGUCCCCAUAGUCACUAUGGCAUAGUGGGUUCUUGCGGGUCCCUGUGCCUCCGCUCCCCCACUUCCCAUCCACCCUAGAGCAACUAUUCCCCCUCAGGCCGCCCCUCCCUGAGUUGCAUCCCUGAGCCAAGGGGCGUGGCCACACGCAAGCUGCCUAUAAAGUUGGUUGUGCCUUCACCCUCACCCUGAAGGUGACAGACAGUUGCCUGGAGCCUUCCUUGAUCUUCUUUGGGGUCCUGGCUUCUGAGACAACUCUUCCCAGCUCAGUUCAACACCUCCUCACAGCCACAGUGGCCACCUUGCCAUCUCUACGCUGAUCAUGCUUUCUGUAUUUGGACUCUCCAUCCCCAUCUCGGCCACAGAACUUCUCCUGGCCUCCACCACCUUCUGCCUAGUAUUCUGGGUGUUCAGGGCCUGGAGGCCUCGGGUCCCCAAAGGCUUGAAGAGUCCUCCAGGGCCCUGGGGCUGGCCCCUGCUUGGACACAUGCUGACCUUGGGGAAGAACCCACACCUGGCGCUGUCACGACUGAGCCAGCGUUAUGGGGAUGUGCUAGAGAUCCGCAUUGGCUGCACACCUGUGCUGGUGCUCAGUGGCCUGGACACCAUCCGGCAGGCUCUGGUGAGGCAGGGCGAUGAUUUCAAGGGCCGGCCUGACCUCUACAGCUUCACCUUCAUCUCUGGUGGACAGAGCAUGACCUUUAACCCAGACUCUGGACCGGUGUGGGCUGCCCGCCGGCGUCUGGCCCAAAAUGCCCUGAAGAGUUUCUCUAUUGCUUCAGACCCGACUUCCUCAUCUUCUUGCUACUUGGAGGAGCAUGUGAGCAAGGAGGCUGAGGUCCUCAUCAGCAAGUUCCAGGAGCUAAUGACAAGGGUUGGACACUUUGACCCCUACAGGUAUGUAGUGGUGUCAGUGGCCAACGUCAUAUGUGCCAUGUGCUUUGGUCAGCGCUAUAACCAUGAUGAUCAUGAGCUACUUAGUAUAGUCAACCUGAGUAAUGAGUUCGGGGAGGUGGCUGCUUCCGGAAACCCAGCUGACUUCCUCCCUAUCCUCCGUUACCUGCCCAACUCUGCCCUGAGUAUCUUCAAGGACGUGAAUAAGAAGUUCUACAUCUUCAUGCAAAAGAUGGUUAAGGAACACUAUAAAACGUUUGAGAAGGGCCACAUCCGAGACAUCACAGACAGCCUGAUCAAACAUUGUCAGGACAAGAAGCUGGAUGAGAACGCCAAUAUCCAGCUGUCAGAUGAGAAGAUCGUUAGUGUCGUCUUGGACCUCUUUGGAGCUGGGUUUGACACAGUCACAACUGCCAUCUCUUGGAGCCUCAUGUACCUGGUGACAAGCCCCGGUGUGCAGAAAAAGAUCCAGGAGGAGCUCGACACAGUGGUUGGCAGGGCACGGCAGCCACGGCUCUCUGACAGGCCCCAGCUGCCCUAUCUGGAAGCUUUCAUCCUGGAGACCUUCCGACACUCCUCCUUCGUCCCCUUCACCAUCCCCCACAGUACUACCAGAGACACAAAUUUGAGUGGCUUUUACAUCCCCAAGGGGCGUUGUGUCUUUGUGAACCAGUGGCAGAUCAACCAUGACCAGAAAUUGUGGGAUGACCCAUCUGAGUUCCGACCAGAACGUUUUCUCACCCCCAAUGGCACUAUCAACAAGGCACUGAGUGAGCAGGUGAUUCUCUUUGGCCUCGGCAAGCGGAAGUGCAUUGGUGAAAACAUUGCCCGCUUCGAGGUCUUUCUCUUCCUGGCCAUCAUGCUGCAGCAGGUAGAAUUCAGCAUGCCACCAGGCGUGAAGGUGGACAUGACCCCCAUCUAUGGGCUGACCAUGAAGCAUGCCCACUGCAAGCACUUCCAGGUGCAGGUUCGCUCUUAGGUGGCUGAGAGCCCUGCAGAGCCUUGUACCUGUAAAAGCUACUCAGGCUUGUGUCUCUGGUGGUACUGGGGAUGGAGGUAAAGUCAAGCACAGGGCCACAAUGAGACCCCCUACCUUCCAUAUCGUGUCCCUCCCACCAGUCCUGAUCAGGUAUACCAAUUGAAGUAAGGCCCAUAACUGUCUCCUUGGCCUGGCUGCCCAGACAGGCCAGGGGGAUGGCCCAGGGAGGUCUAAGCUUUGACUUGAAAACCACAAAUAUUGGACUGGGUGAUAUUCUGCUGUGUAGCUGUAGGCAGUCCUGAAGGAUCAUGCCUGUACCCCACCCUGGACUUUCCCCCUCUGCAUACUAAAUGCAGAUAGUGGACACUAUAGGAGCUGAUGGAACCUUCUGACACAGUGCUUGAGCUAGGAAGUCUGAUAAGGUUAGGAGGUUCUCAACCCUCUGGAGCUCUUUGGAAGUCCCUGGAACCAGCAUCUAGCUGACUUUCUGUGGGGGCUGACUGGCUUGAGAAACAUUUAGAAUAAGCCACACCAGGGCCUGUCCAAUCUCUUUGACAAUUGGGAACCAUCAAAAGUGAAGGGAAGAGGCAGCCCAGGAUACUGGCACAGAGAUGGGCUCCCCACUUGAACAAGGCUGAAGACACUCACCACAUGAGUCUGGGACCACAUGUGCCUGGGAGGAUUCCCUUCCUUUCUGCAGACAGGAACAGUGCUGCCUCCGGCCUUAGGCAGCCUCUGUUCCUAUCCAGGAGGAGCUAGGGACUUGGGUCUUAGAAGAGCAAAGAGCAGAGAGAGUCCUAUAUCAAGGAACCAGGAUCACAUCUGGAACUAGGGGGUGGUAAUUCAAUCACCUUCUAUUGGUCUCCUUUCUCUAUACCCUGUAUUAAUAUGUCUUUUUAAAAUGUUUGUAUACAAGGAACUUUUCAUUUUAGCCUGCAUUGUACUUGCUUGUUUGCAUUUAUUAUACAGUAUGUAAAAGCUUAAAAAACAACUAACUUAAUGUGAUAGAAAAAUCCAUAUCCACAUAUCUAGAAAUGUGUAGGAAACAUCUUCCUGAGCUAAAUAAAGAUAUUAUGCAGAAGUGGA